GCAAAUUGGGCUUGCGAAAGGGGGGCGAUAUCUCUAACUAUUCGUGGUUGGCCUUGAGAAGGCAGCUGUUGUUUCUAUCUUAGGAGGAUGGCCAAACGCUGAGGCCCCUUCUAGGACUUUGGCCUUGCAUGGACCAGCUGUCUGCCCCCGAACUCACUGUGAACCCACCACACCGAGUGUUCCUACCUGGGGAAUCUGUGUCCCUGCCGUGCUCAGCUCCCAGCACUGCCAACGUGUCCAGGAUCCAGUUCUUUAGGAAUGGCCAGAGAAUCGACGUUGGAGAGCUCCAGAGGUCUCAGUACAAUGGCAGCUCCCUUCAGCUGUCGAGAGUGUCUGAUUCCCACAAUGGAGAGUACAGCUCAUGGCCGCCUGCCCCCAAACUCACCAUGAGCUCACAACACCGCGUCUUCCUACGUGGGGAAUCUGUGACCCUGACGUGCUCAGCUCCCCGCACUGCCAAGGUGUCUGGGUUCUGGUUCUUCAGGGAUGGCCAGAGAAUCAGCUCCAGAGAGCUCCAGUGGUCUCAGUACAAUGUCAGGUCUCUUCAGCUGUCGUGUGUGUCUGACUCAGAAGCCGGCGUGUACAACUGUGGUUACUGGGAGACAGAGUCUGGGCGAAGGAUCCCAUCAGAGAGGAGCCAAAACUUCCCCAUAGCUGUGACUGAUCUCCCUCCCCAGCCAGAGCUGAGCAUGGAUCCCCCGUCUGGAGCGGUGAGCGAAGGGUUUUCCCUGAACUUCAUCUGCACGGCCCCCAGGGAUGCCCGUGAGCGGAGGUUUCACUUCUAUAAGGACGGAAUCGAGCUCGUUCCUGGGGAUCUGGGGUCUGAGAUCAGCACCGUGGAGCCCAGAUCAGUGAACGUCUCAGUGCUCAGCAUCCCACGGGCCGGUCCCAACGUCACCGGGGAAUUCACCUGCGGGUACGAGGAGAACGUGGCUGGCAGGUGGGUCCUGUCCCCCAGGAGCCAGGUUGCAACUGUCACUGGGAACUUCACAGUGUCAGCUCACGACGCCUGCUUGGUCUUGGAGUUGGUGGUAGGAGGCUCCUUCUUCCUCAUCAAUGGCCUCAUCUUCCUCGUCUCCUACCGAUUAUUCUAGACCGAGG